UUCUCAAAACAUGUUGACACCCGGUUCAGCUACAUGACAGAGACGCUCUCCAUCUGCGUUAUCUAGCAGUCAAAACAACAAGAGUUACAGAUCUUCAAGUAAACAUGGAUUACAGGUAGACCAAUCACAGGCUUUCUUUGAGCACUUAUGAUGUCGUCAGCCUGUAAUACGGGAUUACCUGCUGGCGGUGGAGGAAGUGUUGUCAUGGAGACGUCCAACUUUGCCCAUGUCAUCUUCCAGAAUGUUGGGAAAAGCUUCCUCCCACAGGCAGCGCUUGAAUGUCAUUACACACUCACCCCCUUCAUCACCCCACAUCCCAAAGACUGGGUUGGCAUCUUUAAGGUUGGCUGGAGCAGUGCGAGAGAUUACUACACGUUCCUCUGGUCUCCAAUGCCUGAAAACUACACUGAGGGAUCCACUGUUCACCGAACUAUCAUCUUUCAGGGAUAUUAUGUUCCUCGUAGUGAUGGUGAGUUUUAUCAGUUCUGCUACGUCACACACACGGGUGAAAUUAGAGGUGCGAGUACGCCGUUCCAGUUCCGCCCGGCCACGCCCACAGGAGAGGAGCUACUGACAGUGGAAGAUGAAGGGAACUCAGACAUACUGGUUGUGACGACAAAGACCGGACUACUUGAGCAGCGUGUAGAGGAAGUUCAACAGGAGUGCAAAGAACUGCAGAAAGCACUACGCCUCCUUACACAGGAGAGAGAUCAGCUACAGGAGAGACAGAGACAACACAACCAGGAGCUGCAGAAAGGCCUGCGUGAGGAGAAGGAGGAGGCUCAAGCCAGAGUGAGACAACUUGAACAAGACCUGCUAGAAAUCACGCAAAAAGCUGUUCUUAAAGAGACCGAACUGGACUGUUUAAGAGACAAGCUGCAGAAGGCUAUUUCUGAGAGGGACAGUCUGCAAACACAGCUGAAAAAUGAGAGAGACGAGAAAGAGCUUUACAAAUCUCACGUGCGCAGCGCCGAGCUGGAAAACACUAAACUCAGUGCAGAGCUGCAGAUGCUGAAGGCGGUGGAGCUGAACAGAGAGGUCACCAUCGCACAGUACCAGGAGGAACUGCACAGACUACGCACAGAGAGAGACACACACCCCAGUGAUGCCGGUCUUAAAGAGCAGUUGCGUAAAGCUGAGGAGCAGCUCCAAGCCACCCGGCAGCAGGCCGCCAUGUUGGGUACUGAGUUACGUGAUGCCUCCGGCGGGCGAGAUCGCACCAUGGCUGAGCUGUACCGUGCCCGUCAGGAGGCAGAAGACCUGCGAGCCCAUUUAACUGAAGCCCAGGAAGAAUGCAGACAUGCUCAGAAUCAACUGGACAGGAUGAGAAGCCAGGCAUCACAGGAAGUGGGCAGGGCUGGAGGUGGAGUGGGUGUGGUUUCAGAGCUAGAGGCGGAGCUUCAAAAGGAGGUUGAGGAACUAAAGCUGCGUCUGAAUAUGGCUGCAGAGCACUACAAAGAGAAAUACAGAGAGUGUCAACGUUUGCGAAGACAAGUCACUAAACUGACCCAGCAACAAGAGACGCAGCAGGGGGACUGUAACAGGAAUGAUGCCUCUACAGAGACCACACAGGAGUUACACACACCAGAUGCAGAGACACCUCCCACAGAUCAAUAUCCUGCUGAGAUCAAACCUGCAACACAAAGAGAUGCCGAGAGACUGGGAGUUGAAGGCAGAUCUGGACAGGAGGGGAAAGAAAAGAAAAAAGAGGAAGAAGAGGAGGAUGAUGAUGACGAAGAUGAAGAAGAGGAUGACGAGGAGGAGGAGGAAGAGGAGUGCAGUGUGUCAGUCGAAGCUGAGCUCGCCUGCAUGGAAGAGAAAUGGAGAGAACAGUGCACCAUCAAUGAAAACCUGAAGCUCCUGCUAGCCAGUGAGGAGCAGCAGUUUAAAACUAAGGUGGCAGAGAAGGACAGAGAGGUGUCUGCUCUGAGGGAGAGUCUUGUGGUGGUGACCAGGGAGAAAGAGAGACUGGAAAAGGAGUUGCGGCAGUGUAUGAACAGAGUGGAGGCAGCAGGGAGUCGAAGGUCAGAGGUCAGAGAGCCAAUGAUGCUGCGUUACCCACUGCCGUAUCCACAAGACCAACCUCCACUUCCACUGGUACCGCAACAACCUGCUGAACUGCAGUACGGAAACCCCUAUUCAGAGCAAGAGACCCGGGAUGGAGCAGAUGGGGCAUUGUCCCCAGAACAAACCUGCCGGCCCCCUCCUUUGGCUCCGCCGCCGUGGGGUGGUCCUGUUGUCUGCAGUCAGCCAUCACGCAGUCUCAGCCCCCCUGAUGGCCUGGAGAAUCCCGCUGAAGAGCGGCCUAGCGGAGGUGAUGGUGAGGCCCCUGCGGUCUGUGAUCAUCAGAGCCUGGAAUCUAAUGAGAGCCACACCAGCUUCUGCUUUGACACCAGACCUGAUGUUCAUAAGCGGUGUCCCCUGUGCGAGGUGAUCUUUCCGCCACACUUUGAACAAAGCAGUUUCGAACGUCACGUGGAGUCUCACUGGAGGGUAUGUCCCGUCUGCAGCGAGCAGUUUCCUCUGGACUGCCAGCAGCAUCUCUAUGAAAAGCAUGUGCACACACACUUUGAUGACAAUGUCCUGAACUUUGACAACUUCGAUUAGAGAGGGGAAAAAAUUAUUUAUUUGCUUUUAGUUCUAUAUAUAAAAUGCCUCAGGUGAUUCAGGGGGCUUCAGUGUUUUGUUCGAAACACGCUGAUGUUGUCACUUCGUCGUAAACCGCUGCACAACUCAUGCCAGGAGGACUUGCCAUCGGAAUAUUUGAUUUGCACAUAGAUAAGCAUUAAUUCAGAUAUUUAAACUUCUAAGGGACAGAAUACUAUAAUAAUGGUCUUCAGGUGUAAUGGAUACAGUUGAGGUCAAAAGUUCACAUCCCCUUUUCAGAAUCUGCAAAAUGUUAAUUAUUUUACCAAAAUAAGGGGUCAUACAAAAUGCAUGUUUUUGUUUAUUUAGUAGACAUAAAUACGAUUUUUCACAUAAAAGAUGUUUACAUGUAGUCCACAAGAGAAGAUAAUAGCUGAAUUUAUAAAAAUGACCCUGUUCAAAAGUUUACAUCCCCUUGAUUCUUAAUACUGUGUUCUUACCUUCUUACCGGUCCACAGCUGUUGUUGUUUAUAUAUAUAUAUAUAUAUUGUAUAUUUUGUCUCUCUUUUGUUUCAUUUAGUACUGCCUUUCAAAGGCUACAGAAGAUACUUACAAGUUUCCCAGAAGACAAAAUAAGUUAAAUUUACCCUGAUAUUCAAAUUCAAAAAGUUUUCACCCCCGGCUCUUAAUGCAUCGUUUUUUCCUUCUGAAGCAUCAGUGAGCAUUUGAACUUUCUGUAAUAGUUGCAUAUGAGUCCUUCAGUUGUCCUCAGUGUGAAAAGAUGGAUCUCAAAAUCAUACAGUCAUUGUUGGAAAGGGUUCAAAUACACAAAAAUGCUGGGAAACCAAAGAAUUUGUGGGACCUGAAAGAUUUUUCUGAAGAACAGCAGGCAGUUUAACUGUUCAGGACAAACAAGGGACUCAUGAACACUAAACAAAACAAAAAAACUCACAGCUGUGGAUCAUUUAGGUAACAACACCGUAUUAAGAAUCAAGUGUAUGUAAACAUUUGAACAGGGUAAUUUUUAUAAAUUCAACUAUUUUUUUCUCUUGUGGACUUCAUGUAAACAUCUUUUAUGUGGAAUAUCCUAUUCAGGUCAGUACUAAAUAACAAACAACAUGCAUUUUGUAUGAUCCCUCUUAUUUUGGUCAAACUAUUUACAUUUUGCAGAUUCUGAAAGGGGGGGUGUAAACGUUUGACCUUGACUGUACGUUAAAAAAAAAAAAAUUAAAAAAAAAAUUAAAAGCACUUUUUUUAGUUUAAAACUUUGUGUACUACUGUAAAACUGAUUGCGCUUUAAAAUGAGAGCAGACAGCUUUAGGUUGUUGUUAAUAAAAAUGUAGACUUCAUUUUAAAGGACCAAUGAUGCAAUGAUGUUUAUUCAGACAAAAGGGAAAUGGCCUAAAAUGACUUUAAAAAUGUUACCUCAGAGGCAUUGAAUUUGUUGUGUGAAACAGUUACUAAUACACUAAUUUAAAGGAAUAGUUCAUCUAAAAAUGGAAAUUCAGUCACCAUUUAAUCACCCUCAUGCCAUUCUUCAGUAAAACAAAAUACUGGUUGUGCUUUUCCAUGCAAUUACAAUAAAUGUAGACUGAAGCUUUUAAGCUUCAAAAGAGAUGCAAAGCACCAUAAAAUAUCAUAGUGGUUUAAACAACUUUAAGUUAAGCCAAAGAACUGAAUUAUGGAAGCCUGUUUCCGCCACGGUUUCGCAAUUCUAAGAAAAAGAAAAAUCAGAAUUGCAAUUUAAUUAUUUUUUUAUCCCAUGGAGGAAACGAGCUUCUAUAGUUAACCAGUCCAAGUUGUGAAUGAGUUGUUUCAUUUAUGAAGCUUAAAAGCUCCAGUCUCCUGUUAUUCAGCUAGUAGGUCUUUCCAACAAUCCAGUUACUUUUAUAAAUUCUUAUUCUGUGUGAUAAUGAUAACAAAACAUUAGUUUUUAGGUAAACUAUUCCUUGAAGCUUAGCUAUAGCUUUUGCAGCAACCUUUCAGUGCAUCAUUGGUUCAAACAUCUCACAUUGAACAUCUUAAACUUUCAUUUUCAGCAUUAUAUCCAUCACACAUUCCUGCUUGAAAUCCAUUUAUCGGCUGAUGCUUCACACUGUAUGUGUGCCAGGACGUUUAACUUAGGGUUGCUCUGUGUUUGUGUGUAUCAAGUGUAUGUUUAUUAAUAAAGAAUGCUACUGCUCAAGUUCA